ACUCGGCGCGGGUGCCCUCGGGCCGGCGGCGGCAGCCCCUCCCCGAAGCCCUCAGGACCCCCGAGGCCCCGGUGCCGGCGGCGGCGGCCCCCCUAGCUCUGCCUGGAACCAUGGGUGAGGCCCGCAGGGACAGCACCAGCAGCCUGCAGCGCAAGAAGCCGCCGUGGCUGAAGCUGGAUAUCCCGGCUGUGGUGCCCCCGGCAGCAGAGGAGUCCAGUUUCCUGCAGGUAGGCCCUGGCCAGCGGGGGCUGCAGGUGCAGCCCAUCCAGCCACCUCACUGGGUCCCCGUUGCCCAGCCCCUGAGACGCCAGGCGUUCCUGCGGAGCGUGAGCAUGCCGGCCGAGCCCACCUGCGUCCCAUCACCCCACCAGGAGCCCCGGCGGCCGGGGUUGCAGCGCCAGAUGUCCAUCACACAGACCAUCCGCAGCCGACAGGUGCGCUUUGGGCGUGUCCACACUCUGCCCCUGUUGGGAGCCCCUGCUGCCCGCAGGGCCCUCACACAGCGCUCGUCUCUCUCUCGGUCCCUGCUCAGGGGCACUGCUGACUGGUUUGGAGUGAGCAAGGACAGUGACAGCACCCAGAAGUGGCAGCGUAAGAGCAUUCGUCACUGCAGCCAGCGCUACGGGAAGCUGAAGCCCCAGGUCAUCCGGGAGUUAGACCUGCCCAGCCAGGACAACGUGUCGCUGACCAGCACUGAGACGCCCCCUCCUCUGUACGUGGGGCCAUGCCAGCUGGGCAUGCAGAAGAUCAUAGACCCCCUGGCCCGGGGCCGGGCCUUUCGCUUGGCGGAUGAUGCCGCCGACGGCCUGAGUGCCCCGCACACGCCGGUCACGCCGGGUGCCGCCUCCCUCUGCUCCUUCUCCAGCUCCCGUUCGGGUUUCAACCGGCUCCCGCGGCGGCGCAAGCGCGAGUCGGUGGCCAAGAUGAGCUUCCGGGCAGCCGCCGCGCUGGUGAAGGGCCGCUCGGUUAGGGAUGGCACACUGCGCCGGGUCCAGCGCCGAAGCUUCACUCCUGCCAGCUUCCUGGAGGAGGACACGGCUGACUUCCCCGACGAGCUGGACACAUCCUUCUUUGCCCGGGAAGGUGUCCUCCACGAGGAGCUGUCCACGUACCCAGAUGAGGUGUUCGAGUCCCCAUCGGAGGCAGCGCUUAAGGACUGGGAGAGAGCCCCAGAGCAGGCGGACCUCACGGGUGGGGCCCUGGACCGCAGCGAGCUGGAGCGCAGCCACCUGAUGUUGCCCCUGGAACGUGGCUGGCGCAAGCAGAAGGAGGGUGGUGCAGCGGCCCCGCAGCCCAAGGUGCGGCUGCGGCAGGAGGUGGUGAGUGCCGCGGGUCAGCGGCGGGGCCAGCGCAUCGCGAUGCCGGUGCGCAAGUUCUUCGCCAGGGAGAAGCGGCCGUAUGGGCUGGGCAUGGUGGGCCGGCUAACCAACCGCACUUACCGCAAGCGAAUCGACAGCUAUGUCAAACGCCAGAUUGAGGACAUGGACGACCACAGGCCCUUCUUCACCUACUGGCUCACCUUCGUGCACUCGCUCGUCACCAUUCUAGCCGUGUGCAUCUAUGGCGUGGCGCCCGUAGGCUUCUCACAGCACGAGACCGUAGACUCGGUGCUGCGCAACCGAGGGGUCUAUGAGAAUGUCAAGUACGUUCAGCAGGAGAACUUCUGGAUCGGGCCCAGCUCGGAGGCUCUCAUUCACCUGGGUGCCAAGUUCUCACCCUGCAUGCGCCAGGAUCCGCAGGUGCAUAGUUUCAUCCACGCUGCGCGUGAGCGUGAGAAGCACUCGGCCUGCUGUGUACGCAACGACCGGUCUGGCUGCGUGCAGACCUCGGAAGAGGAGUGCUCGUCCACGCUGGCAGUGUGGGUGAAGUGGCCUUUCCAUCCCAGCGCCCCAGACCUUGCUGGCCAAGAGAGGCAGUUUGGCUCUGUCUGCCACCAGGACCCCAGGGUGUGUGAUGAGCCUUCCUCCGAGGACCCCCAUGAGUGGCCAGAUGACAUCACCAAGUGGCCGAUCUGCACCAAAAACAGCGCUGGGAACCACACCAACCACCCGCACAUGGACUGUGUCAUCACGGGCCGGCCCUGCUGCAUUGGCACCAAGGGCAGGUGUGAGAUCACCUCCCGGGAGUACUGUGACUUCAUGAGGGGCUACUUCCACGAGGAGGCCACACUCUGCUCUCAGGUAGGCCUCCGGGGUGAGGGUCCCUCCCCGUCCCCGCAGCCACGGCGGGUGCUGACAGGCCACUCUGCACAGGUGCACUGCAUGGACGACGUGUGUGGGCUCUUGCCCUUCCUCAACCCCGAGGUGCCUGACCAGUUCUACCGCCUGUGGCUGUCCCUAUUCUUGCACGCUGGGAUCCUGCACUGCCUGGUGUCUGUCUGCUUCCAGAUGACUGUCCUGCGGGACCUGGAGAAGCUGGCAGGCUGGCACCGCAUAGCCAUCAUCUACCUGCUGAGUGGCGUCACUGGUAACCUGGCCAGUGCCAUUUUCCUGCCAUACCGGGCAGAGGUAAGGCUGCCCCCCAGGGUGGGGCCCUCCUACGUGCACCUGCUACCCAGCAUGAACUGGUUCCAGCACAGAGUCAAGUUCCUACAGUGCCCCGCCUGGGAGCAGCUCCACUUGGCUCCUGUCCCGAUACACUCUGGGCGGAGGGAGGUGGGACGGGGUGACCUGCUCAGGCCCACCAGCUCACAGGCACCCACACCCCCCCAGGUGGGCCCCGCCGGCUCGCAGUUCGGCAUCCUGGCCUGCCUCUUCGUGGAGCUCUUCCAGAGCUGGCAGAUCCUGGCGCGGCCCUGGCGUGCCUUCUUCAAGCUGCUGGCUGUGGUGCUCUUCCUCUUCACCUUCGGGCUGCUGCCCUGGAUCGACAACUUCGCCCACAUCUCGGGCUUCGUCAGCGGCCUCUUCCUCUCCUUUGCCUUCUUGCCCUACAUCAGCUUUGGCAAGUUUGACCUGUACCGCAAGCGCUGCCAGAUCAUCGUCUUUCAGGUGGUCUUCCUGGGCCUCCUGGCUGGCCUGGUGGUCCUCUUCUACUUCUACCCUGUGCGCUGUGAGUGGUGCGAGUUCCUCACCUGCAUCCCCUUCACUGACAAGUUCUGUGAGAAGUACGAGCUGGACGCUCAGCUCCACUGAGCUGAUGGGGUGCUGGGGCCGUGUGCCCUGUGGGCUGGGGCCAGGCCUGAGGCUCGGGACUCCGCCUGCGAGCCCUGCUCCCCUUGCACAGACCCCUUGUGCCGUGUUCACUGCUGUUGAACCCCUCGUACUUCCGGGCAUUUAUCACAGUAGUUCCCGAGAUUACCUUCUAACUAGCCUCUCGACGACCACCUCAUGUGGCCAAUAAAUGGACCGGGAGCGUUUUAGCUGCCACUAAC